AUGGGCCAAGACGACAGAGAUAAAGGCAGAGACAACUCGUACUCGACUCCACUUCCACCUCCUCGACCGUCCUUUAGUUACGCAGCGAGACCUUCGACGGAUAGCAUUAGGUCAUUGGCGGAUCAUUCCUAUUCCCCAUUGUUCACCAACGGGCUUUACAAUUCUGCCAUCAUGGACCAUCACCGUCCUAACCCUCCUUCUCCUCCCGGUCCAGCCGAGCACCUCGUCAACGUCAACGUAUCGAAUCUACCGCACCCAUCUACCUUUAGCACUCCGGCCAAGAAGAAAUCAUCAUCCUCCCUUAUCUCCUCGUUGAGCUCGAAAUCGCCUUUUUCGAGGAGGAGGACGAGGAAACAGUCGACCGCUACCGUCACUGACCAGUCCAUCAAUAGCGUGGGUGGAUAUGUGAACGGAGCGACGAACACGAACACUCCGGGGAAGAACAGCUUGGCUUCCUCCCAAAGUAGCUUGAAGACUUCGGCCAGUCCGGUCAAGAAGAAGAGCAGUACGAGUCCUUACAAAAGCCCUGCGAAGAAGCAUGCCGAGGCGGGGUUGAAGGCGAGUUUGAAGAGGUUGGAGAUGGAAAACAGGGCCAAAGGAAGGACGCCUGGCGGCGAUGGGGGUGGUAGUGGAAUUGGGACUGGGAAGGGAAGGUCGAGUUCGACACCGUCGAUGGCCCAAGGAGAGUUCUUCCGUUCCCCGACUCAGAAGCAGGAUCGACGAGGCCGGGAAGGAGGGAUGUUCGGACCUUCAAGCGGGAAUCUUGAAGCUAGUCAUACCGCGUGCAGAGGUGACGACGGGGACAUCGAGAUGAUGGACGUCGACCCGGCUACGGACCUACAAAACGAUAUCGCUGCCCUGGAGACGAUCAACGACAUCCUCGGCUUACCCUCGGAUAAGCCUAGACCGGUACAACAAGUACCCAAGAAGAAGAGAUCGUUGCUCGGCUUUGCGGUGAGGGGCGGGAGCAAGGUGCCUUUCGUUGAUGACGACGGUAACAAGGCAGCGGGAGAGUCGGUCGGGAGGAAGAGUGGAGGGUGGGUGAGGGCGAGUAUGGAGCAUUUCUCGCGCGACGCCCCCACGCCUCCACCGAUGACCCCGCUCCCCCCUCUUCCGCAGAUGAUGGACAAGCUCUCCGUCAACGCUUCAUCGAACACAGCCGAGUCGAACGACCCGAGCUCCAAGGAUUCCAACGGUCGUCGAACCAACCUAAAACCUUUCCGGCUUCGAAGCCUGUUAAACCUCAACAUGAUGGGCACCCCGAAGAAACAACAGGCGCCGACAUUGCAGAUGCACGCUUCCCCGGCGAGCUUUAUUGGCGGAGGGAGAUACUCUCCGGGAGAGUCUCCUUUGGAUGAUCACGAGCCAUUUUCUCCGCCUUUCAACAAGGUUAUUAGGAACGACUCGUUCGAAAAGGCCGGAUUGGAUCUCCCUCCGAGGCCUGGGACUAGCUUGGGAUUGUAUACCCCUAAGAAACAGAUUCCGAACGCCAAUCCUCCAGGUCGAUCUGGGUCGAAUGCGCUUGGGGUGAGUACCAACGCGUCAACCCCGAUCCUGGGCUUGCCAACGAGCUCGCACUGGAGCAACUCCAACCCCGUUCAACAGGGAAGAGGGAAGAUGAGCAUGGGUCCGGGAGGGAGGAUGCCGCCGCCUAGACCUAGCUCGCGGCCUUCUCUGGGCCCGGAAAAGGUUCUCGCUGGGAGGCCCAGCUUGAGCGAGAGCAGGGAAAGAGCCUUGUCCCCACCGCUAAUGGGUCUACCAACGGGCCAAACUGGGUCGCUCGCCUCUAGGUCCAAGAUCCCGAUCUUGCCUCGCUCGAGCUCGAAUAACAUCUUGUCCGAACGAUCCAACUCGGACAAACGGGCUGGCAAGGUUUUUGCCGACAAGGCCGAGAGUCCGACGGACGGGCUGCCAUUCAAAAACGGUGACGGAUGGAGCACCCCCUACCCGCCGAACGAGACUGUGGAUGUCGAAAUCGGGAGGUCCGACAUGGGUUACCCGUUCCCGGCGAUCCCCAAGAUCAAAAGCCGAUCGUCCAGCCGAGCUUCUAUUCUCGACCCGAUCAAGACGAGAGAACCGAACAAGACCAGUCGAAGCCGCUUCGACUCGAGCGCGUUCGAAUAUCAAGCAUUCGAGACCGAUAACCUCGUCUCGAGGUCUGCUGCGGCUGGAAAAGGAUCCAGGGAAUCAUCACCGCCGUUAUCGGGCAAAUCGGGUUACGAGACGACCAAGUCGAGCGGGUUCUUGUCCAGCAGGCCUGGGUCGAGGAUGGGGGGUACCAUCGAUGAGCUGAACGAGGACAAGGAGAAUAGGUCAAACAGUAAUCUGAGGAAUAAUAAGGUUACAGGAAUGAGUCUGGGCCGAAGCCGGCCUCUUCCCGCUGUGUUUGGAGAUCGUGAGACGAUGCGCGGAUGA